AUGCCUGCCGCUUCCCUUCCCGAUGCAGGACUCAUGUUCCUCUAUCUUUGCUUGGUGAACUCCGACAUGACCAAGAUAAACUACGAAGCUGUUGGCGCCGCAGCAGGCCUCAAGGUUCCUGCUGCCCGCAUGCGCUACAGUCGUCUGAAGAAGCAGAUUGAGAGCGGUCUGGUUGAUGGUAAACUCAACUUGGGUGCUGGUGCUGGUGAGCAGGAGGAUGACGAUGAAGAUAUGGCUGAGCCUGCCACCCCGUCUCCGUCGAAGAAGAGGAAGGUGGCGCCGAAGGCAGGAUCAGCGAGGAAGAAGGUGAAGGCAAAGGAGAAGGAUUCUCAGCUUGACAAUGCUGAGGAGAAUUUGGAAGAUGGUGGAGCGGGGUUUGUGAAAGAUGAGGAAAUGAGUGAUGCUUAA